UGGCACGUGUUUCAGUAUUCAGCCUACUUCUAUUUACACCUAUAUUGCUGUAUACAGUGACAAUCCGUGCUUCCCAGUAAACAGACUAAGACCAUGGAUGAAUUGUCUCAGCUGAAGAUUGGGUUCGUUGGAGCAGGAAACAUGGCUUAUGGAAUAGCACAGGGCAUCCUGAAACCUGGUGAUGUUUUUCCAUCUAAUGUGAUUGUAAGCGCCCCGUCCAAAAACAACUUUUCUCGCUUCCAGGCAAUGGGAGUUGCAGUCACACACUCAAAUGAGGAAGUUAUUCAUAAUUCUCGUCUGGUCUUCCUGGCAGUCAAACCCCACCUGAUCCCUACUGUCCUAAGCGCACUCUCGGAGCAUGUCACCCAACAACAUAUUAUUGUCUCGGUGGCAGCUGGAGUCACCCUAGCAACACUUGAGAGGUUGUUGCCUGGAGGAUCCUGUGUGAUGCGCCUGAUGCCGAAUCUUCCAUGCAAGCUUCAGGAAGGAGCUCUGCUUCUAGCAUGUGGAACAGGAGUCAAGCAGGAGGUGGCUUCUGUAUUGAAGGGUCUCCUCUCACCUUGUGGACUAGUGGAGGUUGGACCCGAGUCCUGGAUUGAUGCCCACACAGGCCUAAGUGGCAGUGGUGUGGCUUUUGUGUAUGUGUUUGCUGAGGCCCUGGCUGAAGGAGCUGUUAAAAUGGGAAUGCCAAGUGUACUGGCUCAGCGUUUUGCAGCCCAGACUAUACUCGGUGCAGGUCAUUUGUUGCGAGAUGGUGAGAAGCAUCCAGCACAGUUAAAGGCGGAAGUGUGUACUCCAGGCGGGACCACAGUGUACGGACUUCAUGCACUGGAAAAAGGAGGGUUCAGGGCAGCCGUCAUGGGGGCCGUGGAGGCAGCCACAGAAAGAGCAAGAGAACUCGGGUGCAGUUGAAGGAGGAGCAAGACAGUCUGUGAGAAAUAGAGAGAGUGAUGGCAAGACUGGACAAUGAGCCAUUAGUUACAAUGUAAUGUAGAGUUAAGGAUGUGUAGAAGAUGAGAAAGCAGCACUAAAAAAUCUUAAAUGUACAUAAAUUCAUUAAAUUAAGUCAUACAUUUAAUCACAAACCAAAUAUUUUGUAUCACUGUCUGUUAUCUAUUAAAUAGAAUCCGGUUUAUUGUAA